AUGCUGUCGGUGCCGGUGCCGGUGGCGGGCGCGGGGGCGGCGCGGGGCGCGGGCUCCCUGCCCCGCCGGCGCACCAUGUGCAGCGGCGUCGGCUGCUUCUGGGCGCUGCUCUCCGCCGGCCUCCUGGCCGCCUGCGCCGCCGCCUUCCUCUCGCCGGCCUGGCUGCUGCCGCCCGGCCGCGCCGCCGCCGGCUUCGGCUUGCUCUGGCGCUGCGCCGGGCCGCCCCGCGGCUGCCACGGCUCCGCCGGCCCCGGCGGCUUCGGAGACAUCCCCUCCGGUUCCUGGCAGACGAGUGCUGUGCUGUGUGCGGGCGGCUGUGCCCUGCUGGCCCUCAGCUCCCUGCUGGCCAUCGUCGCUGUCGUGCUGCCCGGCGGAGCCUGCGAGCGCCGAGUCUGCACCCUGGCUGGCUACAUGCAGACAGCAGCAGUGUUCAUAAUGGCUUCUGGGCUUUUGGUUUACCCAUUUGGUUUCAACUCUGCUACUGUGAAGAGAUUCUGUGAGAACUCAGACAUCUACUAUGCAGGAGACUGCCAGAUUGGAUGGGGGUACAUGCUGGCAAUUGUUGGGGUCAUGUUGUCUGUCUUUUUACCAUUCUUUGCAAAAUAUGCACCAAAAGAGCACAUAUCUCCAACUCCAAUACCUACUAUUUUAUAGUAUUUUAUUACUGUUUAAGAACAGAACAUUCCUGUCUACACUAAUGGGCAGAAAUUAUUAAAGCACUUCCAGUUGGCUGUGUUGCUAAAGAGAGGAGAGGAGAUGGGGAAGAGAAGGUCAGAUUGACAAAGACCAAAAGUGCAUUGAAAGUCUUCCGUAAGCGCGAGCAGCGAACACUCUGGAAUUGAAAUAGGAUUAAUCAGCAGCCUUUACACUGCUCUAAACAGAUAAUGGCAUACUGCCUUAGACAAAAAAAUCAGCAGUUUAUCCUCAAAACAUCUGUCUACCUCCCAGUUUCUUUUGUGUCUCAAAAUUGUGAGUCUUAAAAGCUUCAAUUCACUUUUGAUAUAUUGUGAAAUGUCAGAACUUUUAUGAACCCCGUAACUUUAAAAUCAAUAAUGAUAUUUUGUUACAAUUAUUUUGAUUAGCGAAAAAGCACCUACUAGUAGCCACAGCCUAAAAUUAAGAUUGAUAGCUAAAAAGAAUUGUAUACAAGCAAAGUUUCUUUUUAAUCUAUAUAUUUUAGCAGCACCUGCAUAUUGUAAGUUCUGGGCACAGUUUUUACUUCUGCUCUAAUUGCCAAGAUAUAGAGACAUCUUCAUGAAGUCUUGGGUAAAAUUGAAAUUUCUUUUUUUUCUGAGAACUCCAACUACUUCCAAGGGCUUCACGACGAUUUAGUACUUUAAUAACAGGAAAAAAAAAUCCUAAGAAUUUGUUCUCAGUAUUUCUUUAAUUAUAAUUCUAAGUGGACUUUAACAAAAUGUUUUGAACUAUAACAGCUGUAGAUUUUUGGUUUUGUUGUUUAAGGCUGAAAAGAAAAAAAAUCUCUGUUUACAAAAAUGUCUGUGCCCAAUGGCCCUUAUCUGUAGUGAUAAUACGAGGCAGAAUGAACUAAUUCCAGUAUUUCCAUUGCAAUUCAGAGUCCAGAUUGUAAAACAAAAAAAGUGAACUGAAAUGCUAUUGAACAUGACCAGCAAAAAUCUGAUGCUGUGUCAGAAGUACAAAUGGCCAUAUUUCAUUAGUCUGUGUGGAAAUUUUGUGAGGUCUGAUUUCCACAACAGCACUGAAUUCAUUAUUAUCAAGCAUUGAAAUAAGUGCACUUGAUUGCCUUAAGCAAAAGAAACAUUGGGUUCUAAUCUCACACCACUGUUGUAUUUUUUCAUUUAAAAUAAAAUUUUAAUUCUAAUUCUAUUCUCAUCUUUUAUUUUCUAUUAUUUAUUAAAAAGAAAAAUCACAUAGAUUAUAUUUAAUUCAGAGGUGUACUUCUUAGUUUUGUAUUUUGGCACAAACCAGGUGAUCAAAUUUAUUAUUCUUCACUUAGCUGAGUCCAACUGAUUCCUGAAUUUUUAUUUUUUUUAAGGGAAGGUGUACAUGAAGGGACAGACAGAGACAUGUUGAGGAUGUAUAAGAAAAUGCAAACAGAACAAUCACUGUGUUAUUUUAAUAUACAUCAAUGACUUCUGCAGUCUUGUUUACAUUCCUCACCCUUCUAAACUUCAAUGGAACAUUGUGUUGUUUUCCAAAAUAAUUGUCCUGUUGUUACAUUUCCAUGCACUCUAAAAGCAAUUUCUGCACACAAACUUAGCAAGUUCUUUGAAAUGCAGAUCCCAAUGCAGAAUUAAGUACACUGAGAAAGAGAGCAUGAGUGCUCUGCACUUUUGCUCACAGGGACUGAGAAAUUAAAUCUUCCAAAUAUUUAACAAAAUAGGCUGAAGGAAUGCCCUAAAGUAAGAAGAAUAAAUUUCAGUCACUUCUGUAUAUUAAUGUGCUUUUCAGUGAUGUCUUACACUUUUUUUAAUGAAUGGCUGAGAUUGAUAAUUUUCAUGUAAGAGUCAGAAAAGUGAGGAAUAAAAACAACAUGCAAAAAGAAAAUAAUCACCACAAAGUAGAGAGACAGAGAUGCAGGCUUUUCUUUCCUAACCAACCUGUGCCUUUACACUAGAACCAUUAUACAAGACAGGAUCAAUAUGGUCAAGAAAAAAAAAUCACCCAACAACUGAAAAAUGUUGAGUAGUGUGUAUAAACUGUAAUGAGUAGGGUUUUUUGUUUUGUGUAAUGUUUACGACUGUUCACUUAAUGUUUCACUAGAAAAAGUGAUUUGUUAGUGUCAAAUAGAAACUUCUUUUGCAAAGAUCUAAACACUUCCUGAAAAGAAAAAUUAAUUUAGAUUUUUAUUAACAGCCAUAACGUCCCUAGUAGACAAAGGACCUAUUCCUGUCAUUACUUAUUAACACAAGUCUCACAUGUGCAAAACUGCAAGCAUCAAUCACUUAACUGGAAGCAGUUUUAAAUUACUGUUACAGCAGUCUCACAAUUCACCACACUGCUGUACCAAAUCCUUUACUUCUUAAAGCUCAGCUUCUGUUGUGCAAAUCAUCAAACUCUGCAUCUUGCAAAAUUCUGCACCUUUUAUCAGUCAAGCUAAUGCUUCCAUUAGAAGCUUCCUUUAACAUUUUAUAACAUUUUUAUAAUAUUUAAAUAAAUCAAACACAUGUACAUGACCUCUACCACUGGAUUGGCAAAACCCUCCUUGAAGCAUCCAUGCUCUGAGCCCGCUUCACACUGAAGGUGUGGUGAUAAUUCCAGUGAUCCCUGCAGCAGUUGGUAAAGCACAUCCUUUAGAUCUCACCUGUUGCUGACAAUGCCUGUGCUCACACUGACAGAUCACUUUUUUAAAUAAAGACUGUCUGCGCGUUAAACUGUGUAAAAGCGUUCUCCUGUUACAAUUUGCUGGACCAGGUUCAAGUUUUAUUCUAAAUAUAUAAUUUUUUAAGUGUAACUAAAAGCUGUAUUUUCCAUUAAUGUGUUUCUGCGUUGACUAGCUGGCUCCUUUUUAGAAUAUUAACUGUUUUCUGUAUUUGACUUGU